AUGUCAUCGAUAAAUGAUGUUCAACAACGUGAUCUGGAGAAAAAUAGUGAUCUUCACACCGUGCUAUCUUUUGACAGCACAGAAAAUGUAGCCAAAGGUCCAAAAAGCUCUUUUUAUGAUUACCUGAAAUCUUUUAGUGCUAAGACUGGGACAGAAACCAAAGGCAUCGAACCUGUGACAGAAGAUGAAAAAAAUGACGCUUCAUUAUGGAACGCCGCGUCAAUGUGGUUUUCCGCCAACUUAGUCAUCGCAGCAUUUUCGGUGGGAUUGCUUGGACCUUUAGUUUUUGAACUGAACUUCUGGGGCUGUGUUAUUUCUAUUCUAAUAUUUGGUUUGCUCGGGGUCUUGCCAGUUUCGUUUUUCUCCUUGUUUGGGGCCGAGCUGGGCCUUCGUCAAAUGGUGCUUUCACGCUACCUGCUAGGCAAUGCAACUGCACGCAUAUUUGCUCUGAUAAACAUCAUUGCCUGUGUUGGUUGGGGUGCUGUAAAUACUAUAGCAUCCGCCCAGCUUCUUCAUAUGGUAAAUCCUCAUGGUGCUCGCUGCCCCCCAUGGGCCGGCUGUCUGAUUAUAGUUUGUUCAACAAUCAUCGUCUCGUUUUUCGGCUACCGCGUCAUUCAUAUGUACCAGAAAUGGGCUUGGGUACCAAACGCUGCCGUAUUCUUAAUUGUUAUCGCACGCAUUCACCGUAGUGGUUCUUUCGAAGUCGGCCCAUGGAAACAAGGCAGCGACACAGCGGCCGGCAUCAUCUGUUUAGGUGGUAUUGUAUUCGGGUUUGCAUCUGGGUGGACAACCUAUGCUGCUGAUUAUACUGUCUACAUGCCGCGCACUGUCAACAAACUCAAAGUUUUUCUAUUCGUGGCAGCUGGUCUAAUGAUUCCACUUUCCUUCACUAUGCUUCUAGGUUCUGCAGCGGCUUGUGCUGCACUCAACAACCCGCUUUACAUGGAUUUCUAUGAAAAAGAGAGCUCAGGGGGACUACUGUACGCUAUUUUGGUUCCUAAAUCACUAAACGGCUUUGGUCAGUUCUGCUGCGUUGUUUUAGCAAUGUCAACAGUGGCCAAUUGCGUUCCAAACAUGUACUCUAUUGGUUUGGGCACCCAAUCCUUAUGGGAGCCACUUGCUAAAGUUCCUAGAGCACUAUGGACUGUUGUUGGCAACCUUGUGACUCUGGCUAUUGCCAUUCCAGCUUACUACAAAUUCGCUGCCUUUAUGUCAAGUUUCAUGGAUGCAAUCGCUUACUACAUUGCUAUUUACAUUGGAAUCGCUCUGACUGAGCACUUUCUCUUCAGAAAGGGUAAGUUUCAGAACUACAGCGUGGCACAUUGGAGCAGCUGGAGAGAUUUGCCUGUUGGUUUUGCUGGCUGUCUUUCACUAAUUUUGGGGGCUGUUGGUGUGGCUGUAGGUAUGAGCCAGACCUAUUGGACUGGUCAAAUUGGAAGCCUUAUUGGCACUCGUGGCGGGGAUAUUGGUCUUGAGCUCGGGUUUGCAUUUGCCGUGAUCGCUUAUACAAUUACGAGACCUCUGGAAUUAAAACUCUUUAGCCGUUGA